AGUUUUACACUCCCUUCUCAUCUCCACAACUCUGGUCUCAUCUUCACUUAAUUGGGAAGUGGGGAGCUGACAAGGUGUGUGUGGAGAGAGAGAGAGAGAGAGAGAGAGAGAGAGAGAGAGAGAGAGAGAGAGAGAGAGAGAGAGAGAGAGAGAGAGAGAGAGAGAGAGAGAGAGAGAGAGAGAGACACACACUCAUAUUAAACACUGAAAAAUAUUUAAUAAGUGACAAGAAAAGACGAAUAUUGAUAUACUGUUUCUAAAUUUGCGUGUGUUUUUGUUUUGGUGUGUGCAAAUGUGCGUGCGUUCAUGUGCGUGUGCGCGUGAGUUCCCACGUGCGCGGAAGAUAUGUUGCCUUUGAGAGGAAACUGUCUCGAUUUGACUUUGUGUUGAAGGAAAGAAGGAAGGAAGGAAGGAAAGAAGAAAGGAAGGAAGGAAAGAAGGAAGGAAGGAAGGAAGGAAGGAAGGAAGGAAGAAAACAAGGAAAAAAGGAAGAUAUUUCAGUGUUUCGACGUGUUGUGCUGCAGAGAAGGAACAGAAGUGGUGACGACUCGAAUCACCUCAUCUUAUCUCAAACUACCUGGCGAGGAGGGAACAGGCGCGGCCAUGAACCAGCUGUGUCGCGUGUGUGGUGAGGCGGCCGCUGGCUUCCACUUCGGCGCCUUCACCUGCGAGGGAUGCAAGUCUUUCUUCGGGCGCACGUACAACAACGCUGGGUCGCUGGGGCACUGCAAGAACGGCGGCCGCUGUGUCAUCACCAAGAAGAACAGAACCUCCUGCAAAGCCUGUCGCCUCACCAAGUGUCUGGCGGCGGGCAUGAGCAAGUCUGGAUCCAGGUACGGCCGACGGUCUAACUGGUUCAAGAUCCACUGUUUACUGCAGGAGAAGGCCAGCGCCACUCUGUCAGCGGCCUCUAAUGUCCUAAGCCCUGGGUGUAAGCGCUCCCUUCACCACCUGGAGGAUGCGAGAGUGAAAGACGAAGACAGCGGCACAGACUCCCCAGCACUGAGUAGCCCUGAGUCACAAACUUCUGAAGGCUCUGUGGAUGAUACCCGCAGGACUCCCUUCCCGUUGUAUCCUAAGCUUGGAGUCCUGUCGCCGUUUUUCCUACACCCAUCCACAUCUCCGGCCUAUCCUCGUCUACCAUUCUAUCCGUAUCUGUAUCCGGUUCUAAGCGCGGCCGUGUCAGCUGCUGUAGAAGUCUCACCGCCCAGUACACAUUCUCUCACCCCUACGCCGCCGUCACCCCCGCAUCUUCUCCCCCUCUUCCGUGACCACAAGCCCCUCCCGCACCGCCCCCCGUCCCCUGGCACCCCCACGCCCCCCACCCCCCAGCCUGAUGACGUGGAGACGGGGGAAUCUGACCUGCAAAACGAGCCUAUUGAUUUGUCAGUCAGAAGGCCUACUGAGCCCUCCCCCCCACCCCCUCAGCCUCCCCCGUCAAGACACCCCCUCCCCCCACCCCCGCGCAGUUGACGUAUAGCAUGAGGGUGACGGCUGCUUCCAUCACCCCGCCCUCCUCCUCCCCCCAGCGCAGGACCGGCCCGCCACGCCU